AUGCCCGAUACCGACGAUGAAGAGGAUAAAUGCCCGAUCUGCUUGUCGGAAAUCGUUAAUCCGUCGCAGCCCGAAAAUUGCAAGCAUAUCUUCUGCUUGGAGCACCUGAGAAAAUGGGCCAUGGAAAAGACUACUUGCCCCUUGUGCAAUGCGGAAUUCAAGAAAAUCAGAUACUCGCUCAACAAGAAGACGGGGAAAUUCAGAAAAGCUGAAGAGCUUCAAGCUCCACGGCCUCCGGAAAACAUCGUUGCUCUCGGACUCGAGAACUCUUGGCCACGACUUUGGGCAGCUCGGCGGGACGAAGAUAUGAUCGACACUGUACUUGAAGAGUUAAAUGCUCAACGAGAGCGAAGACAGAGAUUGUGGGAGGCUCGAUUUGCUCGAUCGACGCCAUCCUGCAUUAGAGCAAGGCGAACAGUCUAUCGAACUGGUAGAAGAGUUGAAAUUCAAUUUAAGCGAGAAUUCAGUGCAGAAUUUUACCAAGCUAAUGAGGCUCAAACACAUCGGCUCACCCCUUGGAUUCGGCGAGAGAUCGUGGCACUCUAUGGCUCAACUGACAGACGAUACUUGAACGAUUUGAUCAUCGACAUUCAGCACCAAGCGAUCGAACUCGGAAUCGAAUCGCGUCAGUUCCGCGAGUUUCUCACUCAUCACAUGCACAACUACGCCACACAUUUCAUCCACGAGCUCAAGGGGUUCGCAUCAGCGAAAGAAUACGACAUCCGAUCGUAUGACCGAAACGCUCGAUAUGCUCCAGCAAAACGUAUGGGUACUCGGCGAAAUCCUCAGACAGAAACACCCGGUGCCCCGGAAAGAAUCAUGCCUAUCGAUGACCCCGACGAUCCGACCCCGAUUCUUAUUGAAGACGAUGAUGAGCAAGCGCCAGGACCUUCUGGAAUCGGUCGAAGAAAUACAAAUCGACAGCCGAGACGGCGAACAACGACUAAUGACUUUGAAACACUCGUUUUGGAUCAAGAAGAUUUGCCUCCUUUUGCUCCAGAUUUUCCAGUCGUUGAUUGGGAUGAUCCAGCCUUGGAUGGCCAUUCCACAGACUCUUCAAACGCUGAUGGCGACGCGGAAACUCCUCCUCGACUUGAGCCUGAGUUUCCUGAUCGUCCAGGAACAUCAUCGUUAAAUCGCCAACCCCCUCAACGUCGACAGGGAAUCCAGAUGGCUCGAGUGUCAAACAUUCCCAUCGGCGAUUCCAAUCCCUUGCUCAACCCGGUCAACAUUCCCAUCCAUCCACGUGAGGGACGAGGUCAUGCUUUUCUACCUCACCGUCGCCAGCGGCCUAUGAACACUAUCGCCAGCAGGAUUUACAAUGAAAUGCAGAGUCGAAGAGAAGUUGUCGAUACAAUCGUCAUAGAUGAUGAUAGUCCUGCUCCUCGCCGCCCAGUCGUUCAUCGUUCCCGACUGGAGCUAGAAAUUGAGUCGCGACAGCAAGUAAUAGACCUCGUUAACUCCAGCGACGAUGAAGAAGCCGUAAACUCCACAAAACCAAACAGAUCCUCAGACGCUUUCAACCCUGCCUGCUCGCCCUCUCCGCCCCGAAUCCCAAAGCGCCAAAACACGACCGAGGAAAAUCGCGAGGCAAUUGUGAUCCUAUCUGAAUCGGAUAAUGAAUCUGAUAUUGAAUGCGUCACUCCACAGCAGAAACGGCCUCGAUACUCUUUCCACGACUGCUCUUACGACCCGGAAGACAUCGAUCAACCGGGCCCGAGUAGCCUUAAUUACUUAUAA